AUGAACAGUGCGUUGAAUUUCUUUGUCAUGUCCAAUUUAUCUCGACCAGAUCUCAAGCAGGGUGUUGCAAUGCUUGAUAUUUCUAAUUAUGGACGAAGAGUUGAUCAUCAUAGAGAUAUGCGUAUGGAUAUCGAUCAUAUGUCUUAUGAGGAGCUUCUUGCAUUAGGUGAGCAGAUUGGGAAUGCUGGAUCGGGGUUAUCAGAGGAUUUUAUUUCAGGUGGUUUGCUUUUCAACAAUGGGACGCCUGAAAGAGAGUCAAGUGUAAUUUCCUAG